AUGGGUGUUACAAAGCAAAUAUUAGGGCCCGAAAUAAAGUCGCUGCAAUAUUUUCUGAACCGCACCGCGGUGCUCACGCAGUACCGGGACCUUCUACGCACUACAAAGCCGUUGGCCGUCGAUGUGCGGCUAGACUUACGACGUCAAAUUCGCGCGGGCUUUGAUGCCUACCGCAACGAGAAGGACGAGCAACGUGUGAGGCUUUUACUGCAGCAAGCACGCGAACAAAUGAAAAUGGUGAGCGACUUGGUGGAAUUGGCAGCGGCGCGGCAACGCGUUCCAGUGAUCGAGUGCGAUUGGAAGAAGGAUGAGCGGAUUACUUUCACGCAAAAAUCAGUAGCAGUAUCAACCGAUACGAAAGACAAGUGGAUGGACGCGUCGUUGGAGAGAAGCGACGGCGAGGAGGAUGUGAAGGGCCGUUUAGGCACCGGAUGGCCCUGGAGUAGCAGCAAAAGUACAUCCAUAUUGAAUCUGGAAGGUAUUAAGCGGCGCUGA